CUUCCUCCCAACGCCUAAGAGCCAGUAACUCACAGUGCUUUCUCCUCCUCUUCUCUUCUCUUCUCUUCUCUUCUGCUCUGACGAGCGCGGCCAUGGCGACCUCAUUCUCCAACGCCAUGCCUCCCUCCGCCUUCCUCAAACCCCGAUCUCCAUCUCCUCGAUCGCCGCUCCUCACUUCUCGAUCUGCUAAGCCUUUUCAGUCUAGUACAAGGUUCGCAUCUCUUCUUCCUGCUAUCGUCUGCAAGGCCAUCUCGACGAAGCCCCAUGCGGAGAUUGAGGGCCUCAACAUCGCCGAGGAUGUCACCCAGCUUAUCGGGACGACACCAAUGGUUUAUCUAAAUAAUAUUGUGAAAGGGUGUGUUGCAAACAUUGCUGUGAAGCUUGAGAUCAUGGAACCUUGCUGCAGUGUUAAAGACAGGAUAGGCUUCAGUAUGAUAGCUGAUGCUGAACAAAAAGGACUUAUUACACCUGGAAAGAGUAUCUUGGUGGAACCAACAAGUGGGAAUACAGGCAUUGGUCUUGCUUUCAUUGCUGCUGCUAAAGGAUACAAAUUGAUCUUGACAAUGCCUGCAUCAAUGAGCAUUGAAAGGCGAGUUUUGUUGAAGGCCUUUGGGGCAGAACUUAUCCUUACAGAUUCCGCCAAGGGCAUGAAAGGAGCAGUCCAAAAGGCUGAGGAGAUUUUGAAAAAGACUCCAAAUUCUUAUAUGCUCCAGCAAUUUGACAACCCUGCAAAUCCAAAGGUUCACUAUGAGACUACUGGUCCAGAAAUUUGGGAAGACACGCAAGGAAAAGUGGAUAUCUUUGUCGCAGGUAUCGGAACAGGUGGAACAAUUUCAGGUGUUGGACGUUAUUUGAAGAGCAAAAGGCCUGAUAUAAAGAUUAUUGGCAUUGAGCCUACUGAAAGCAACAUAUUGUCAGGGGGGAAGCCUGGGCCACAUAAGAUUCAAGGCAUUGGUGCAGGUUUUGUGCCAAGGAAUCUGGAUCUUGAUGUCCUUGAUGAAGUUGUAGAGGUAUCUAGUGAUGAAGCUGUUGAGACAGCAAAGCAAUUGGCUCUCCAGGAAGGUUUACUGGUUGGAAUUUCUUCAGGAGCAGCAGCAGCUGCUGCUAUCAAGAUUGCAAAGAGACCAGAAACUGCUGGAAAACUCAUUGUGGUCGUGUUCCCGAGCUUUGGUGAGCGAUACCUUUCCACUGUUCUUUUCCAGUCAAUUAGAGAAGAGUGUGAGAAGAUGCAGCCUGAGCCAUGAUGUUGACCUCACUUACAAAAAUUGUAGGUCAAAACCAACCAUUUUAAUAUUUUCCAUGAUCAUGAAUAUAAUUAAUUGGUCUGCGCAUUCAAAUGUGUCAAAUAAAAAAGAGAAUAAAAUAAAACAAAAGCUAUGCUCUCAUUUCUACUUGAA